CCACAAUAGAACGCUUUUUUGAUCUCUUCCAUCGCUUCCCUUUUCGCCUUUUCCUCCAUUCACCACACCUGUUUUCAUCUGUCUUUCUUCUCCGUUUCCUCCCCUGAAAUCCCUCGUGUAUCCUCACCGACCCGUUUCCGCCGGUCGCCCUUUCCUCUUUACCAAUUCCUCGCCGAAAUCUCGCAUAACUGAUUUCCCAACCCACGUUCACAGAAUCCCCCCUUCUCUCUCCCGAUUUCGAUUUCGAUUUCUCCCUCCUAAUUUCAGCUUCUUCUCUUUGUUUCAUUUUCUCGCCGGCAGCUUGGGUCUCUCGCCGCCGUCGCUUUUUCAAGCCUUCUAUUCUCCUUUUCGUCUUUCUAGGUGAGAGGGUUGUUGCUUCUGGAAUCCUGAUCUCUACCCAGUUGAGAUUUGGUCGUUGUGGAUUACUCGAGGUGGAAUCAGAGAGAGAGAGAGAGAGAGAGAGAGAGAGAGAGAGAGAGAGAGAGAGAGUUGGGAUGAAGAGAGGGAAAGACGAUGAGAAGAUGAUGGGGCCAUUAUUCCCGAGGCUCCAUGUGAAUGAUACAGAGAAAGGGGGCCCAAGAGCGCCUCCAAGGAACAAGAUGGCCCUUUAUGAGCAGCUAAGCAUUCCAUCUCAAAGGUUUAAUUCUGGGGUUUUGCCUCGUAAUCCAAGUAACUUGGCUCCUGCCGGGUCUUCCAGCCAGGCGAGUAGGCUUGAAAGGACUUUAUCCUCGCCACCAACUCUAGCCGAUCAACUGCCUUCUUUCCAGCCCGGUGCUGGGAACUUGAACAGUUCUUUGGCGCCACGUGAGCAGAGGAAGAAGGCCGGAGACGAAGAUGAUUUCACUGUUCCAGUAUUUGUAAAUACAGGUGCGUCCAAGUUGCAGAGAAAACGUUCUAAUGUGGAAGAGCUGGCUCCAUUUAGCUCGAUGCAUUCAUGUCAUUCCAACAAAGCUCAGAAUACUGGCUAUAUUGAUACCCAGUGUGCGUCAUCCAUUGAUCCCCAUUCAAGACAUGGAGGAAAUCCAUGCAUUUCAAGUGAUAAUUUGCAUACUAGAGAAAAUUUUGCUGAGUCUGGGGAUGAAGCAAUUGUACACCCGAAAAAACGUUCUCAUGGUAAUCAACAGCAGCCUGCAUGGUUGCAGUCAAAUGUAUGUGCACUUGGUGAUGCUGUUCCUGAGAUGCGGCGAAGGGGAACAGAGAAAAAUGAUGUCCUUGUGCGAAAGGACAGCUUGGGUUCUUGUGAAGAGCCAUGUACACCCAAUGAGGGCAGUGGCACCUGUGUUACCAAGGUGGACGUGUCAAUACCAGUGAGAAAUACUGAUAAAGGGGACGAUGCAUCUGACACAUCCAUUGUUGACUCUGCCGAACCCUUGGACAUAUCUCCGGAUGAUGUUGUGGAUAUGAUUGGUCAGAAACAUUUCUGGAAAGCUAGAAGAGCAAUUGUCAAGUAAGUAUUGUAACUCAUCAUGAAAAAUUGAGACCUGCCUUCUUUUUUGUAGUUACAAAACGUGCAAGUCUGUCGUGAGAUUUUUACUUUGCAAUAUUGUCAUGUUGAAGGCGUUUAUUUAUCUGGGAACUAAUCUUAGCUAUAUAUUGUCUUACAUUUGAAAUCUUGAAGCUUGGGGAAUUUUAUCUGCCAUACUGAUUGAACCCGUCUAAGGUCUGGUCUUUCCUUCGCCCAAGUUUGCUACUAAGAAAUUAUGAGGUUGUUUAGACAAUUAUUGUUCAAAUUUGUUAUUAAGUUUUGUCUAGAGGACUAUUUGGCUGCUCCAUAUGUAUGUCACAAUAGUAAUGGAGAUGGAGUGUCUAGAGCUUCCUCAUUUCCUUGUUUCUUGGGUUACUUCUCUUCAUAUUUACACAAUCUGACUUUGUUAGAUUGUUUAAAUGUCAGGCAGAAUGUUAACUGUAGGAAUGAAAUGAUUGCCUAUUUUGCAAUUAUCAUGGUCAGUGGCAAGGGAGAACUAGAUAGUGGGGAGUCUCCAACCAAUCUGGCGUGUUUUUGGUGCUCAAGCCCUUGAUAACAUUUCAAUGUGGAAGUUCCUGCGACAGGGGGUAGUGAUAAUGGUGAUUGAGGUACUUCGUUCAAGGUGCCCCCGGGAUAGUAGAUCGUCUUAUAUAUCUAGUUCUUUAGCACUUUGUUCUCUUUGGUUAUACUCCUAUCUUGGAUAGGAUUGCAUAUUUUCUUUCUGACCACUGGGCAAAUUACUUAUCCUCGAGGGCCUUUAGCACGUAACCAACAUCUGCUGGAGAUGGUUCCUGGAGCUAUCAGUAGGUGAGUUGCAGAUGGGAAAAUGGAGAGUUAUGUUGUAGGAAUGCCAGGUCUUGGCAUAAAUUUGUUUUAGUUUUAUGUUGGGAAACAUGUGUCAUCAAUUAUUUAAAUUUAUUUCAAGCGCAUGAGCUACUUUUAUCCUUCCCGGAAGAGUUCUGCAAGUAGAAGGCAUGGAAACGUUGUGUCAGCAUGGUUGAAUUCAAAAUUUGAGUUCCUGGCUUAUCUUCUUGUAUUGGAUGAUCUACUGUUAUGGCCUCUGUUUAUAUCUGAAUUUCGCAGCCACUAACAUAUAUGUCAAGCUCUCUCUUCCAGGGUAUAAGAAUUAUAGACACUUGAUUCCUGUUAUCUAGUUGGCCACGAGCCCUUUCAGAAAGUUUGGUGGUAUGUGCAUAUGAAAAAAAUAAAAAAAACUAAGUUGUCCAAGGCUGGAGGUAUACUACAUGUGUGUCAUGUGAGAAAUUCAGCCUCUGGUAUUGUUCAUUUAAGGAUAUUGUUUUACUACGCACUUAAUUGUGUGGCGCAGCUUCCAUGCUUUCAGCAAGCAAGUAGUUACAGGUGCUAUUUCUUUUUGAAAAUAGCAGUCUUCGUGUUCAUUAUUCGUAAUGAUAUCUUCAACCAUUUUAGCAAUGCUGUACCCAACCUGAUUGCUAGUUGACGUUUAAACUAUUUCUGUUGUUUAUAUUGCAUUGCUGCUUGCACCGGAGUUCUCUUACCAAACUUUUUUUUUUGGCAUAACGAACUUUUGUUUGAUUUGUCUGUUCAUAAUCAAAUUCCUCUUCCUCUCUCUGCAGUCAACAAAGAGUUUUUGCGGUUCAAGUGUUUGAGUUGCAUAGACUCAUCAAGGUUCAACAAUUGAUCGCUGGUGCUCCGCAUCUUUUGGUGGAAGAGAGCAACUUCCUCACAAAAUCAUCCAUUCCUGGCUCUCCAAUGAAGAAACUUCAAGCCGAGUACGUCCUGCUGCAGCCAGCGCGUGGUACCAAAAGAAAAGAUGAUUCACAAGAACCUAGUCAUAAUAAGAUGGAAGGUUCUGCAGAGAAUGCUGUUGGGAAGUCUCUUGGAAACCAUAGUCAGCCACCAACAACCUACAGGCCGCCUCAUGUAGGAAACCAAGUUCCAGUUCCCGCAAUCACAGACAGCAACAACACGACGAGUUCAUGGAAUUUCCACCAAGCCACUGGCCAGCACUGGUUGGUCCCUGUCAUGUCCCCUACCGAAGGACUCGUGUACAAACCUUAUGCACCCCCUGGACAAAUGGGACCUGGUUGUGGAGGAUAUGGAGCAUACGGCCCUCCUCCUGUAAUGGGAAACUUCAUGAACCCAGGCUACGGACUUCCAACUUAUUUUCAACAGGGAAUGGGUUGCUUCCCUCCAUAUGGUAUGUCAGUCAUGAGCUCCGCUCUCUCGGGUUCAGCAGUUGACCAGUCGAACUGCUUCCCAGGAUCGGGUUCCCAUGGUCAAAUCAGUCAGUUGUCUGGAAGUGGGGCGAAUUUCAACGUUCAACAUAACGUGGAAGUGCUAACUCAGAAGAGUGGGGCUGUCUCAGUGGCGGAGAUCCGGGUAACUUCUAAAGAAGCUGAGCUGCAAAGAAGCACCGCGAGUAGCAUUAGCGAGAGAGUGGAAGUAGUCGGUAGCAUUCAGCAGCGGGGUGAUAUAAGAGAUGAUGCAUCUCUUCAACUUUUCCCAAGAGCUCCUUCUGCAUUUGGAGCUGCUCCUCAACGAUCAGGUAACGUCUCUAGGGUGAUUAGGGUCGUGCCGCAUAACUCCAGGUCUGCAACUGAAUCAGCAGCUCGGAUCUUUCAGUCGAUACAAGAAGAGAGGAAGCAAAAUGAAUCUGUUUAGUCAGGUGCUUGGAGAUUCCCUGUAAUGGUAUGCAAUUUUUGCUGUUUAUCGAUUAUUGUUGUUUGUAGUGGGGUUUUGGACUUUUGAUCCAUUUAACUUUAGUAGAGGCUAUUCUGGAAUGUAGAUAUGCCGCGUGCUGGAGGACUAACGCAUCGAUAUGAACAGUGCCCCUAGAGUAAAAUACUAAAAUGUGCUUUCCAUCUUUCUUCAGUUUUGCUAUAUUUGUUUGAGUCUACUACUAAACCGAGGCAACUAGCUAACCUUAGAUGAUCUAAGGGCACUUGUAGUUUCUUCUGGGAACGACAGUGUGUGCAAUGGUUUAUUUUGUUCUGGUCCGAUGCUUGAAAAUACAUCAU